AUGCUCUGGCCGCAGGAAGCUGUUGAUCCAGAAAUCUUCCCACCGAUGGACUCUGUCCCGGGUGCCGGGGAUCCUGUCGUCUUUGGUCCAUCAUGGGACUUUGGCGAUCCGCCAGAGGACUUUGAGUACUUGUUUAACCCAGCUUCUAGCGUCUUUGGCGCCUUCCUGCCCUUUUCCUGUUCACCUCCUUUCACCAUGGAGCCACCAGCAACUCUUGUCACAAGUGGAAGCAAAGUGGGUGUUGUUAUGCCACAGCCGCAGCCAGAGCCGCAGCCAGAGCCGCACAUGGAUGCACCAACAGUGGAAGUUGAUACACCCCCUGGCUCAGACACAACAGCACGACAUCCCCGCCUCACCGUGAGAGAGACGGGCGAGGAUGACUUUUGGAUCCUCCCCAAGGACGUUGAGCACUGGACCAUGUUCCAGUGCUGUCCCACUCCGUCUUCCGUAUCCCCCGGCCGCGCAACCGCCCACCUGUCCUUCCUCGAAGAAAGCUCGAGGCUGCGCAACUCGGCCGGCCCCUGGAGCCUGCCCACGCGCGGCAGCACCGAGCCUGUGGGCAGCAACGUGUCGCUCUCGGCGUCCACGCGAGAGCGGCUGUCCGCCAUCACUCAGACCUUCUUCCCCAGGGCCCUCGAGAUGCACGGGAUGGCCUCGGCCUCGGCAUCAUCCUUAAACCGCAACGCCUCAGAAUGGUUCGGCUCGUCGGGGUUUAUCCUGCUGCCGCCCACUGCGGACCUUGAUAUCUUCCUCGAGACUUACAUUCGCUGCGUGGAACCCUUCUACCCCCUUGUGCCCACGCACACUCUCGACCCCAAUGACUUGCUCGGCGCCAGCGGCAACGAGAAGGGCGCGGUGCUGUUGCUGCUGCUCAUGAUGGCCAUUGGGGCGUCAUGCAACCGUGCGACCAGGGCAAGGCGGUUUGGCGCGGGGCUGGCCGAAGUGUGUCGCAUCGCGCUCACGGAUUUGGUGGAGAAGGACAAUCAGUACUCGACGGUGCCAUUGAUCCUGCAGUGCAGUCUGUUGCUAACCAUCCAGUCAUGCUGGGGCGGCGAAAAGUGGCAGAUGGAUAUCGGGGCGGGCCACCGCUUCAUAACCUUCUCUGGGAUGCGGUCGCCGUUGAUAGACGCACAAGUGUCCACGCCGCGUGGCGGAAAUGGGUUGAGCAGGAAGGCCGGCGAAGGGAAGUUUGAUCCGACAAUAAAGUCCCGUGCGACAUUGUCUACACAAGCACUAACAAAAGCAUCCAAGAGCAGACUUGCAUACGAUUGGGUCAUGCUUGACCAAGAGCUUAGCCUCUUCUACGAUCAACCCCCUACCUUCGCCAUCACCGAGCUCCGCGCCCCCCUCCCCGAGAUCGACGCCCUCUGGCUUGCUAAGAGCGCCGACGAAUGGAGGGCUCUUUGUCACAGCGAGAACGCCUCGCGACCUCAAUACUCGCUCCGCCAGGUUUUCCAGCUCUGCCUCGCCAACGAGAUCAACCUAGACUCCUACCACCUCACGCCGACCCGCCUGCGGCUACUCCUGUACCCCAUCCAAAGCCUUGUUUUCCACCACAGCCAACUACUGGACGCUGUCCCCGACAAGCAAAUUCGUGCCUCGUCUAGCUUCAAGACCACCACUCGUACCUCAUCCCUCCUGCGCUUCGAGGAGCUGCAGAACCUCCUACAGAACUGGUGGGCCCUCGCACAACAGUGCCAGCAUCGGGCCCCCGCCGUCACAGCCGAUCCCGGGCAGCCACUCACACCGCCGCCGUCAGAAUCCGACCAAGUGCUUCCCAGCGCCAAUUUCCUCCUGUUCCACCUCAUCAGCCUAAACCUGUACGCCGAUCUCAAAGCCAUCGAGGGCCUUGCCCGCGGCGAAGACCCAUCUUGCUCCGCCGGCAGCAGCAGCGAUGAAGCCGAGUACAUCGGCGGCAGCGGCGCCGGCGGCCAUCACGCCAUCUCCCUCCGUACUCGCCAGCGCCACAUUGCCGCCCAGUGCGUCUUUGCGCCGCACGACGCCCUCUACCACGCUGGGCAGGUCCUCCGACUCGUGCGCGAAACGGCCCUCUCGAGGCGCCCGCCCUGGUGGGGCGCGGCCGUGUACCGCGCUGCACUGGUGCUGUGGGCCUAUGCAAGCAUGCAGCAAUGCUCCUCCUCCUCGUCUUCGUCAUCGCCGCCGCCGCCGUCGUCGCCUCCAUCGCGUGAGAAGGACAGCAGCGGUCGCGGCAAGCAGGUGCUCAUCGCCAUCGACUCGGUGCUGCCGGGGGAUCCGGCGGUGGAGCGGUUCUUGCGCCAGGGGAAGGGCCUGCCGGUGCUUCUGAACGGGGGCGCGGUGACGAUGCGUGUGGACCGCGAGCCAGGGAGGGUGCUGGGGGCGUGUAUUGCACUACUUGAUGCGGAUGAGGGGAAUACAUGGUUUACGACUGGGGUUCGGAUCAAGUUAGAGACGCUGCAGCAGGCUUGGAGUACUACUAGGCUGGGACAGGGUAACAUAGUACAAUAG